AUGGGAGCCUCUAAGACUCCAGUAGGUCACCCUAGACAACAUAACUCUGGGUCCUUGAUGGAAGACAAUAUUCAGUCGACUUUCAGUAUUGACCAACAGUUCUGGCAGAGUGUGAUGACGACGACGACGACGACUCAAGACGAAGGACAAAGCGAUCCUAAACUUGACACAACCAACACGGGUCUUCAGGUCCCUCAGGUAGUGCAUGUUAGUUCCUGUGUGUCGCCUGAGACUCGGAGAACUUGUACAAGCUCACAGUUCCCGUGUCAAAAUGGGCGAUGCAUCCCAAAGCGCUGGGUAUGUGACUACCAGAAGGACUGUGAAGACGGUGAUGAUGAGCAGCAAUCAUGUCCUCCCCCUGAAUGUGAGAGUGAACAGUUUGCAUGUGGGGAAUACAAGUGGAACCACACCUAUUGCAUCCCGACCUACCAGCGUUGUGACAAAAUAGACGACUGCAGUGACAAGUCUGAUGAGGAAGGAUGCUGGAAGCCAAGAAGCAAAACACAGUGGGGGAAACUUUGCAUCAAUGUAACUUAUGACGAGAUAAGGUGCAUAGUUGAUGAUGCCCUGAGAUGA